AACAUGUUUGAAAUAACAAGAAACUUUUUACGCGACAACUUUUAUUUAGGUUAGCCCAAUACGAAUUUAAGUAUUAAAUAUUCCAUAUGGCAGCUGUUGUAAUAGAGAAACAAAGAAGAAAAGAAAAUAGACAAAAAGGAAAGAAAAUAGCAUCUUGCAACGAAAAAGAACAAAUUAUCAAAAAUGUCUUCAAUCAGAAGAGUUUUUAACAAAGACUGGACAAAUGAAAGUUGGGCCAAAGGGUGGUUGAAAUCAAUACGAGAAGCACCUGUGGCACAACAAUCAACAACAAAAACCUCGUGGUGUUCUGCUUGCAAUUUAUCAUUGGAAUCGCAUAAAAAAGACCUGCGGAAACAUUCCGAAACUAAACGCCACAAAAACAACAUGGCAAUAAUACACACUUAUCCAUCGCUUUCCGACUGUGGUGUUGUGCCUAUUUCCAAUACGUCAAAAAUAUUAGACAUUAAACUGGCAGUGUUCGUAGCCAAGCAUACAGCUAUUGCAUCUAUUGACCAUUUAAGUGAACUGCUGAAAACUGCAGCAACACAUUCUAAUCCCUUCGAAAAUAUUAAACUGCACCGAACGAAAUGUAGCGCAAUUAUAAAAUCUGUUGUUGGCCCAACAAUUAUAGAGGAGCUUGUGUAAGAUAUAGGAAACUCUAGAUAUUCCCUGAUUGUCGACGAGUCAACAGAUGUUUCACAAAUGAAAUGGUUUUGUAUAUGCAUACGCUAUUUUAGCGAAAAGAAAGGUAAAAUUGUUAAUGACUUUGUUGGAAUAUUUAUAGUAGAAGAAGCAAAUGGUGAAAAUCUCUAUAAGAGUUUUAAAGACUACAUAAAAAACAUAGGUUUGAAAAUGUCAAACAUGUUGGCAAUUGGAACGGAUGGUGGAUGCAAUUUAUGUAGCAAGAAUAAAUCAUUAUUUGCGCAUUUAAGAAAAGAUAUACCCAAACUUAUCCUAAUAAAGUGUACGUGUUACUCCCUCCAUCUAUGUUGUUCGAAAGCGUCCAAAGUAAUUCUUAGUACUGCGGAAUUUAUUGUUAAAGAGCUUUAUGGAUAUUUUAGCAAAAGUUCUUUGAGGAACGUAGAAUACAUGCGGGCAUUUGAAUUAAUAAAUACAGGCAAUGACAGCAUCAGAUACCGAAAACUUGUACAACUGUCAAAUACUCGGUGGCUAGCUUAUGCAGGUGCAGUCAGACGUAUCCUAGAACAGUGGAUUGAAUUAAAUAUUACUUUUCAGUCACUAGUACUAAAGAAAAAGACCAUAUGGCUAAAAUGCUACAUCAGGAAAUGAAUGAUGACAAAAAUAGACUCUUUUUAAUAUUUAUUAAUCCGAUUAUUAACGAAAUGAAUCAAUUGAAUUUGGAUUUUCAUUCUGAUUCUGUUGAUUCUGGAAGUUUAUAUGACAAAAUGUAUCAAACUCUUAUUUCGACUUGCGCUAAGGUUUUUACACCAGCAGCUAUGAACUGCUUAAAAAAUGUGGAAGAUAUAAGCGAUGAUAUAAUUAUUGAAGAAACGAUGUUACUUCCGACAAGUGCAGUAGAUUUUGGUUCCGAAUUCGAAAGUGAAUUAAUAAAUAGUAAAUUGGAAAUUGUCGAAAAAACAAUGUUAAAAGAAACCUGUUUUCAGUAUUUUAUUAAUUGGAAUAAACUCCCCUUUACCGAUUGGAACGCCUAAAGUAUACAGUUUUCAGGACGCGUCUGGCACAUAUCAUUAUAAGGAAUUGGCACAAGCAGUUCUAAAUAUGCUUAGCAUCCCAACAAGCAAUGCAUGCAUCGAACGCGUAUUUUCAAUUAUGUCAUUGACAAAAAAAAAACUUCGCAGCAGAAUACAAUACGAACUAUUAGAAUCUUUACUAAGAGUAAAUAUAUACUUUAACAUAAAUGACAAUUGCUGUCAGUCUUUUACGCCUUCAAAAGAAAUGUUAAAUAAAUUUAAUUCCAAAUGUAUGUAUAGUAUUUCACAAACCAAGGAUAAUGAUAAUGAAUCAGAAGUUUAUGAACUAAUGAAUUUUUAAAAUACAUAUCUAUUACUUUAUUGUAACUUGUUUUCAAAAAACUAAAUUUUUAAUAUGUUUUGUUCAUAUAUAUUAUAUAUAUAAAACAAUCUUUUCUUUCGAAACUGAAAACUGAUAUCCAUUUAAAUUUAAUUUGACUUUUUGUUAUUUUUUAUUUAAUAAGUUAUUUACAUGAAUAUGUUUUUAUGUUUGAAUUGUUAUGUUUCUUAUGUUUGAAUUGUUUUUAAUAAAUAAAUUGCAUUGUAUUUAAGGGCAAUAGGGGAUUUUUUAAUUAAAAAUAUUUGGGGAAAAUGGGGAUUUAUCAAUAAAAUAAAUUUGGGGACAAAUGGGGAUUUAUAAGUAAAAUUUUGGGGACGGAAAAAAAAUUAUCUGGGAACCCUGCUCCCAAGUGUUGAUGCAUCUACCUGUAUUCUUCUGCCAUGUAAAUGCCUGAGAGUACGCUCAGGAAAAUGCAUGGUACAAGAAUAUAUGUAGUCGCUGGGACAAUGAACCGCCAAACCGAUUUUCGAAUUGAAAAUGUUGAAUGAAAAUUUAUUGAAAUUGUUAAAAAUUGCGUAUCAUAACAACCUCCGAUUUGGAUUGUAUAAAAAGAUAUAUACUUAUUUUUGGCAAAACAUUAAAAAAAUUGACGCAUCACUGUUUCCAAACGUUGAUGCAUCUACCAGUAUUCUUCUACCAUGGGAAAAUGGCAUUUAGUAGGACGCAUGGUAGAAAAAACAGGUAGAUGCAUCAAAUUUUUUCCCAGCAGCUGUAUCGACGCGUCUACCUAUAUUCUUCUACCAUGGUAGGACGUAGAUUUGCGCAAAUAAAAAUAUCAAAAUACUUUGAUUUUCCACCAAGCAAAGCCGACAACAAAUGUGUGUAGCCGACGAAAGCCGAUUAGACUCACAUGGACACACACAUAUAAGCUGCUUGACGAAAAAAUUUGAACGUCUCCAGGGCACUUAAACAAAACAAAAACGAAUAAUGAACAAACAUCAAAGUGAAACAAAAACAAAGUUUCGAAGAAUGAAGCAACCAAAUGAAGAAUAAAGUCUACGUUUGAUUAAAAACAAGAAUUAUACUGCAAAAACAUUUCAAAAUACAAGUUUAAUAAAAGACUUAUACUUUUCAUAUAUUUUUUGUUAAUACAUAACCAUGGUACAAUAAAAAGGUAUAGCAAAGCUGUCAGCUGAUUACAAAUUUUUCCUGUCAAAUGUAUUUUGAUAUUUUUGUUUUGAUUAUCAGGUUAAUUAUAAAAUCAAAAAGAAAAAAACUUAUUGAAUAUAAAUUUGAAUUAAACGUUUGAUGAA